AUUGGCAGAUGUGUUGUGAGCAUAGCGGGAGGUGCAAACUGUGCUUUGCCAAAAUAAAAAAAAAUAUGUCAUGUUCCAGACAUUAGAAUUUUGACAUUAAAUUUCAAUUUUUACAGUACGAUAUACGAAACGAGAAUAUUUACUCGCGUUUGUAAUGUUAAAACGAAGAUUUCGAAUUAUGCAACGAUUUCUAAUUAAUUUUAAAUGAAAUAUUUACUUUAUAGUCAUUAUAUAUCCUUUGUGUAUUGAUAUUUUUAGAAAUCUAUUAUAAAUGCUAGUUUCAGUUUUGUUAUUUUAUGUACGUAGAUACGUAACAAGUUUUAAAAUUUGAGUAGACCUUAUAACUCUGUGUAAAUUAAUCAGUUUAUUCACGUAUAAUCAUUAAUUAGUAAAAUGUCUUUGGUGAAAUUUUGCGGAAGUUCUUUUGGUGGUGUUAGUUGUUUGUUUAAAGUUAGUAGUAGUAUAUUUCAAAAAACAAUUAAUUUCGGUCUGUUAUCUUCGGCUCCUACAAAAGGUAGAAGUUUCUCAACACGAGAGUUACUAAACGAGGCAUAUUGCCGUACUAAACUAAAAUGUAGAUCAAAAAAAUUACCACAAGAUGUGAAUCCCCGAGGAGUGUUUGCCUGCAAUGAACUGGAUCUCUCAGAAGUCAAAGUGUACGGCUUUGACUAUGACUACACCCUGGCUCACUAUAAACCAACCAUGGAGCAUUUAUUGUACAAUCUUGGCAGAGAAUAUCUUUUAGAGAAGUAUAAUUAUCCACCAGAAAUAUUGAAACUUGAAUACAGACCGAAUUUUGCAGUAAGAGGCUUACAUUAUGAUAUUGAAAAGGGCCUUUUGUUAAAACUGGAUUCUUUCUUGCAAAUACAAUUUGGUGCAGUGUACAGAGGUUUAACACCAGUUUCAACAGACGAAGUAUUGAAACUUUAUAAAAAUAGAAUCAUACCCAUUGCAUAUGUGGAGGGUGACACAAGAGCUCAUAAACCUAACAGAGCGAAAAUGGUCCACCUAGCUGAUUUAUUUUCCGUGCCUGAAAUGGGACUCUUAUGUAACGUGGCCGAGUACUUCAUUAAAAAUCAUAUUGAUUAUCAUCCGGAAAUACUGUUUUUAGACGUUAAGAAUUCAGUGCAAAGUUGUCAUCCCAUUAUGCACAAAAUAGUUGCACAGAAUGUAGAGGAAUACAUAAGGCCCAAUAAGGAUCUGAGGAGAUAUUUCCAAAUGCUGCAAGAUAGUAACAAGAAGCUAUUCUUAGUGACAAACAGCCCCUAUCACUUUGUUAACGCCGGCAUGGAGAUGUUAGUCGGCGCGGACUGGCGCGAGUACUUCGACGUGGUGAUAGUGAACGCGAACAAACCGAAGUUCUUCACCGAGGUGUCUCGCCCGAUCAGGGUGUUCGACAAAAACGCCAACACUCACAUAUGGGAAAAAGUCACUUCGCUAGAUAAAGGCAUAAUUUAUUACGAGGGCACAGUGAAGCAGCUGCAGGAGCUGACGGGCUGGCGCGGACACCAGGUGCUGUACUUCGGCGACCACCCCUACAGCGACCUCGCCGACGUCACGCUGGAGCACGGCUGGCGCACCGGCGCCAUCAUCAACGAGCUCACCGUCAGUACACGUCAUAAUAAUAUUUUUCAAUAUAAUAAUCAAUAUAUUGCGGUAAAACAAUCAAGUCUGUUCAGACAAACGUAUGGUGGUAUCAAAUAAAAGAUGGCGCUAUUA